AUGGCCGAAGACAACCAAAGCGUUUGCGCCAACAGCUCCGGGACCGCGUCGGACCUGUUCAGUAACCUGGAGGACAUCGACGUCUCGGCGGACGGGGGUCCCCACCUCCGGGUCCUGGUGUGCGUCGUGUACUCCGUGGUGUGCGCCGCGGGUCUGGCGGGCAACCUGCUGGUCUUCUUCCUCAUAGGAGCCAAGCCGGAGAGGAGGUCGUCCAGGAUGGACCUCUUCGUGCUGAACCUGGCGCUGACGGACCUCCUGUUCGUGCUGACGCUGCCCUUCUGGGCCGCGGACACGGCCCUGGACUUCAGCUGGCCCUUCGGGGACGCCAUGUGCAAGGCGGUGCUGUCCGUCACGGUGAUGAACAUGUACGCCAGCGUCUUCUUCCUCACGGCCAUGAGCGUCACCAGGUACCUGGCGCUCACGUCGGCGCUCCGCGGCUCCUGCGCGCACUCCUGGAGCUCCGACAGGUGGACGUGCGCCGUCGUUUGGAGCCUCGCCGCCGUGGCCACGCUGCCGACCUCCGUUUUCUCCACCGUCAGCCGCGUCGGCGGAGAAAACCUGUGCCUGCUCAAGUUCCCCGGCGGGCAGAGCUGGCUGGCGGUCUACCACAUCCACAAGAUCCUGGUCGGCUUCGUGGUGCCCAUCUCCGUGGUGUGCGUCAGCUACGUCAAGCUGCUGCGCUUCGUCCGCAGGAGGAGCAUGAAGAGCGGCAACCCCAAAAGGAGGUCCCGGGUCACCAAGUCCGUCACCAUCGUCGUCCUGUCCUUCUUCCUGUGCUGGAUGCCCAACCACGCCGUCACCCUGUGGAGCGUCCUGGUCAAGCUCAACGCCGCCAACUGGGACAGGACCUACUACGUGGUGCACACGUACGUCUUCCCGCUCACCGUGUGUUUGGCGCACACCAACAGUUGCCUCAACCCGGUCAUCUACUGCCUCAUGAGGGCCGAGUUCAGGACCAGGCUGAAGCUUCUCAUCCACGGGGGGCGCACGGCGGACCGCUAG